AUGCAAUGCGGCAAAACCCUGGACAAUCGGAGCUGCUUGCCGAAAUAUUGCCUUGCCUGCUUUCAGCGCAACCUGGAUGAGCGCCUUGCGGCAGAGCCAGCUCUGACCCUGAGCGAGCCAGCUACGCCAGGAACUUUGCAAGCUGAAGCUGACUUGCCAAUGCGUGACUCUGAGCCUGAAUGUGGAUGGCCGAGAAGAAAGCGGGAAUCGGAGCAGUGCUGGUAUGCCCGGGUGCAGGCACACUUGGAUGGCCCGGACAAAAGAAAAAAACAAAAAACCUACAUGUCCACGUGGCGGUCGAGCAUGACUGAAGCGGACCGCCGUGCGUGGAAAGAUGGAAUUCAGAAAAGAGUUUCGGCAGAAGGGCCGGUGGAAGAGCCGGCGGAAGAGCCGGGCACAGAAGAGUUGGACCGCGGGCAAGUGGCAGAAAGUAGGCAGCAGGAGCCCGUGAAGGUGAAGGAGACUUCUCGAGUUUUGCUACAGAAGCCGUCGUUUCAAGAGCAGUGA